AUGCAUGCAUGCAUGCAGACAGAGGAAGUGCAGGCUGAAAACCAGACAUAUUUGGUGCUGCAUUGGAAGUAUCGCGCCCAGAGUAGCAAACAUCGCCCGCCCCCACCCCAUGACGAAGAGAGCGAGAGAGCGCGAGCGAGAGAGACAGAGAGCCAGACGCAGGCAGAGGCAUCUCUCCCCCAUUAUUUCUUCUGCGACACCCUCCCCCGUACGAGAGCUCACGAGCACCACCACCACCACCACCACCACCACCUCCUCGCACGCCGUACGACACGCCUGCAGCCAGGACGUUACGCCGAGACGACGCGCUCCCGAGGACGACUCGCUGAAGAACUUCAGCUGACACCGAGACCGAUCGACACGCAGGGGUACAGAGGGAUCGGGAUAGAGAGGAUGAGCUCCUGCGUCGAGAGCCACGACCGCUCGUAUUCUUCCUGCGGCAACAUUGGAACUGGGAGAGGAGAUAACUUGCACGAGCAACUAUGGCACGCUUGUGCCGGUCCCCUAGCUUAUGUUCCUAAAGAAGGGGAAACGGUGUUUUACUUCCCCCAAGGGCACAUUGAGCAGAUUGAGGCUUAUACAAACCAGGAUGGUGAUAUGGAAAUGCCUAUCUACAAAUUGCCUUCAAAAAUCCUCUGCAAGGUUGUUUGUGUUCAGCUUAAGGCUGAGAUUCAUACAGAUGAAGUGUUUGCACAAGUUACGUUGAUCCCAGAGGCAAAGAAAGAUGAGGUCAAUCCUAACUGCAAAACUUCAGCAACACCUCCGAGGGACAAUUCACGUUUCUUUGUCAAAAUUCUGACUCAAUCUGAUACAAGCACGCAUGGUGGAUGCUCUCUUCCUAAGCGGCCAGCAGAUGAAUGCCUCCCUUCCCUGGACAAGUCACAGCACCAUCCAGUUCAAGAUCUCGUGACAAAAGACUUGCGGGGGAACUUAUGGUGUUUCCGGCACAUCUACCGUGGUAAACCAGAAAGGCAUUUGCUCACAAGAGGCUGGAGUGAUUUUUUGACUUCAAAGAAGCUGGUCACUGGGGAUGCAUGCAUAUUCCUUAGGGAUGGAGAUGUGCGCAUUGGUGUACGCCGUCUGAUGAAAUCUCAAACGACCACAUCGUCAUCAAUCCUGUCAGGCCACAGCAUGCGCCAUGGCAUACUAGCCAGUGCGUUGCAUGCAGUUUCUACUGGAACCAUGUUUACUGUGUACUAUCGUCCUUGGGCAUGUACUUCAGGUUUUAUCAUCGGUUAUCAACAGUACGUGAAAGCAAUGGCAAAUGACUAUUCCAUAGGAAAAAGAUUCAGGAUGCAGUUUGAAGACGAAUUAUGUGGAGAACAGAGGCUUGGAGGCACUGUAGUUGGCAUAGAAGAUCUCGACCAGAUGAGAUGGCCUGGCUCUGACUGGAAAUGUCUCAAGGUACAAUGGGAUUCCUCACGUGUCAAAUGUAUAUGCCCAGAAAGAGUUUCUCCGUGGGAUAUUGAGUCCCUAGAUCCAGACGGAAAGAAGCAAGCUGUUCUUCCAACCUCACUAAAGAGGACUCGUCCAUGUAGCUUACAGUUGGAUUGGCCUCCUACAUUUGUUAUGGAUGAAUCCCAGUGGACUUCAGUUGCACCAAAGUCUCAAAGACAACCAGGGGUCUUUCAAGGUGAUGGUGGUAAAAGAGAAAGUCGGGGUCCAGGUGAUCACUGGCCUCCAGCAUCCAUCGCUCCAGGAUGUAAUCCUGUUAAAAGCUUGCCAGCACAAGACGUCAUGCCUGCCAACUCCACCUCCUGGGAGGCACGGACAACUUUUGAAACAAAGGAUGAUAAUGAAAAAACCCUUGCCCAGACUAAUCGCUUUGGCAAAUGCAAGGUUUUUGGUGUCAGUUUAGCAGAUGACACCUCGGAGCUCCCUUCACUACAAGUAUCCAACUCCAGUGAACUGUCCAGCCCUUCUUCAGUUCCUCCAUUAUCGAAGUCCAGCGACUUUGUGCAGGUUAUCAUAAAUGAAACUGCUCGAGGAAGGCCAGCCGACCUCAGCCCAUUCAAAGGCUAUGAUAAAUUCAUUCACGGGCUUGAUCAGUUGUUUUAUUUUGGUGGAAACUUGAUCGGCAGAAGCAGUGGGUGGCAUGAGAAAUGCACGGAUGACAACGGUGACAGUGUGCCAAUACGGGAUUAUAACCGGGAAUUUGUCUCUAUGAUACAUCAAGGACUCAUUUGCCCAAAGGAAGAAGAACAAGGCAAACAGGGUGCUCAUCUGAUGUAG